AUGCCUGUUAGAAGAGGUCAUGUUGCGCCACAAAACACGUUUCUUGGAAUAAUAAUACGGAAAUUCGAGGGACAGAAUAAGAAAUUCAUUAUAGCCAAUGCCAGGGUGCAGAACUGUGCUAUCAUCUACUGCAACGAUGGCUUUUGUGAGAUGACAGGGUUCUCACGGCCGGACGUCAUGCAGAAGCCAUGUACCUGUGACUUCCUCCAUGGAGAACACACCAAGAGACAUGCCAUCUCACAAGUGGCCCAGGCUCUCCUGGGCUCUGAGGAACGGAAGGUAGAAAUCACCUACUACCGCAAGGAUGGGUCCGACUUCUUGUGCAACACUCACAUAAUCCCGGUGAAGAACGAGGAAGGUGUUGUCAUGAUGUUUAUCCUGAACUUUGAUUACGUUGUGAAUGAGACUAGCAGUGAUUCACUGGACAGACUCAGCCUCACGCCGCCUGCCAAGCCUGACCACGGAAAGGGGAAAUUCUUUCGGUUUCGCCUGCCUGCUCUAAGUCUCCUGGGCUCCAGCAAACAAUCUCUCCCUCAAGAAGACCCAGACACGGUGAUGGUUGACUCACCCAAAACCAGCGACGACUCAGUGGCCUUGAGGGACUUCCCGUCACCUACCAAGGACAGCUGCAGCCCUAUAGAAGCCAACGACACCAGGGCCCUGAUCUUAUCGAGCCGGCGCUGUUCUACGGUCAGCUUGUCCGGACCCCAGGACCACUCGUCUCCCAAGCAGCUUCCGUGGGAGAGACUGAGCCAGAACCAGGCCCAGUCCACCACCUGUCUGACCCAGUCCCUGUCCCGGGACAGCAUCAGCGGCUGCAGCCGGAGGCGAGCGUCCUCGGUCCACGACAUCGAAGGCCUCAGCACCAAAUUUAAACGAACCUACAGGGACAGGCAUACAAGUGAAGACCAUGGCCGCAGCUUGAAAGGUCCAUUCAACCAUAUUAAAUCCAGUCUUCUGGGCUCCACGUCUGAUUCCAACCUCAACAAAUACAGCACCAUAAACAAAAUUCCCCUCAUCACGCUCAACUUCUCUGAGACCAACGACAAGAAAGCCCCCUCACCCCCCUCCUCAGAGAAAACCAUCAUUGCACCAAAAGUCAAAGACAGGACACAUAAUGUCACAGAAAAAGUAACACAGGUGUUGUCUUUGGGCGCAGACGUGCUUCCGGAGUAUAAGCUCCAGACGGCGCGUAUCGACAAGUUCACCAUCCUUCACUACAGCCCGUUUAAAGCCGUGUGGGACUGGCUGAUACUGCUACUGGUGAUCUACACGGCCAUCUUCACCCCAUACUCCGCCGCCUUCCUGCUCAAUGACCGCGAGGAGCAGAAGAGGCGGGAGUGCGGUUACUCCUGCAGCCCCCUCAACGUGGUGGACCUCAUGGUGGACAUCAUGUUCAUCAUAGACAUCCUCAUUAAUUUCCGCACCACCUACGUCAACCAGAACGAAGAGGUGGUCAGCCACCCGGCGAAGAUCGCCAUCCACUACUUCAAGGGCUGGUUUCUCAUCGACAUGGUUGCGGCCAUUCCAUUUGACCUGCUCAUAUUUGGUUCGGGUUCAGACGAAACAACCACUCUGAUUGGCCUGUUGAAGACGGCCAGGCUGCUACGAUUGGUCCGCGUCGCCAGAAAGCUGGACCGCUACUCUGAAUACGGAGCUGCCGUUCUCAUGCUCCUGAUGUGUAUUUUUGCACUCAUCGCCCAUUGGUUGGCCUGUAUCUGGUACGCUAUUGGAAACGUGGAACAGCCUUACCUCAAGAAUAAGAUUGGCUGGCUGGAUAAUCUUGGGGCGUCCAUAGGGAAGAGGUAUAACUACAGCGACCCAACCUCAGGACCAUCCAUCAAGGACAAAUACGUGACGGCACUGUACUUCACCUUCAGCAGUUUGACCAGUGUGGGCUUUGGAAACGUCUCCCCCAACACCAACUCUGAAAAGAUCUUCUCCAUCUGUGUAAUGCUGAUUGGAUCUCUGAUGUAUGCCAGCAUCUUUGGCAACGUCUCUGCCAUUAUUCAGCGGCUGUACUCUGGGACAGCGCGUUACCACAUGCAGAUGCUCCGAGUCAAAGAAUUCAUCCGCUUCCAUCAAAUUCCCAACCCGCUGCGCCAGAGGCUGGAGGAGUACUUCCAACACUCCUGGACCUACACUAAUGGAAUCGACAUGAACAUGGUCUUAAAAGGAUUUCCAGAGUGUCUGCAAGCGGAUAUUUGCCUCCAUUUGAACCAGAACCUCCUGCAGGGCUGUAAGGCAUUUCGCGGUGCUACUAAAGGUUGCCUCCGGGCCUUGGCCAUGCGUUUUAAGACCACCCAUUGCCCGCCAGGCGACACGCUGGUGCACUCAGGAGACGUGCUCACCGCUCUCUACUUCCUGUCCCGGGGAUCCAUCGAGAUCCUGAAAGAUGACGUUGUCGUGGCGAUUCUUGGGAAGAACGACAUCUUCGGUGAAAUGAUCCAUUUAUACGCCAAGCCCGGAAAAUCUAACGCUGACGUUCGAGCCCUGUGCUACUGCGACCUGCACACCAUCCAGAGAGAGGAUCUUUUAGAGGUCUUAGACAUGUACCCAGAGUUUGCUGAUCACUUCCUUUCAAAUCUGGAGCUAACUUUUAACCUCAGAGACGAGAAUCGGCCCAGUUAUUCCCAAGCCAGUGAUUCAGAUGGGGAAGAAACUAAAAGUAGAAGAAGGAUUUCCUUCAAACGGAAACCAUCCAAGGGGGAUAACAACAAGGAGAUGGAAAAUGAACCGAAGAAAGAGCACAGGUCGCAGCCCGGCUCCAAGAGAGGCUCUCAGGACAGGAGAGCAUCCGCUGAAGAAGAACAGAGACUGCAGAACUCGAGGAACCUGAGUUACACCCAAAUUUCCAACCCUAGUCCUACCACCCUCACUCCUUACUAUGAUAUGCCCACAGAUGGAUGGGUGUGUUCAAGGCCAAGGGAUGAAGCUGAUGAGUCAGUGGUAUUACAAGACACGAGAGCGGAGGAAGAUUCUCAGAGUGAGAUCACCUACGGAGAGGUGGAGCAACGCCUGGACGUACUACAAGAACACCUGAACAGGUUAGAGUCGCAGAUGACGACAGACAUCCAGGCUAUUCUACAGCUGCUCCAGAGACACUCACCUGUCGGUCCUCCUGCCUACAGCGCGGUCACAAGCAGCCCAGAGUACAAACGACCUGCUGUGCGUGUGCAGCCCGUGGCUGCCGUCAGCACCUGCCAGAGCCUCACCCCGGUCACACAGAAUGCUGAAUUGUUCAACGUUCCAAGGACCCAGCCGAAAUCCAAAGAAUCGUUGCGAGCUGUAACGCUCUUGGACUCUAUCUCAGAGCAGAGUUUUUCAGCCACGCCUCCACAGGACCCACGCUUGGACCACAGUCCCUUUCCCAAACAGACUGUUGUUCUCAGACCCCAACAGCCCCAGUCCCUCCCCCCACUGCGUUCCUCCACACCUCCAGAGUCCACCCCCAGCGGUGUAGCGGAGGAACACGUUGGACUGCGCAGGCCCCUGUCUGAUCCAGGACCUCCACAGUUAUAG